AUGCUCCGUUGCUUAGUGAAAAGCACGCCAUGGCGAGGGACUCGAUACUCCCGAUCGCGAGUAUUACCAUCUGUUGCGCAGGAUGAAGUGCGAUCGAAUGGAGCCCGGUGGAGCUCAAGCGCGAAAGACGAUCAUGGCAGUGAAGCAACAUCACCAAAGCGAAAGCGUGGACGGCCUAGGAAGAACGUCGAAAGUCCAGGAGAAAUUCCCUCAGAAGCAUCAACCCGGACUGCCAAAGCGAAACGAGCUGGACCAUCUAUACCAGCUGGCCUGAUUGUUCAAAGGAGCCUGCAUCACUGCGACCUUGCCUCGUUCCUGGAGUACACCAGCAGCAUCGGGGCGGACCCCGAUUCUACCACCUACAGAGGGACGCACUACGAAUACACUGUCGCCGCUGCGCUUCACUCUUUCGGCUUCCAACUACAGCGAACUGGUGGUUCCAAUGACCUCGGCAUCGAUCUUGUGGGCGCCCUCGCGCUGCCUUCGUCAAGCAGCCCAGACAGAUCAUCUGGACGAGCCAAGGAGACUCUCAGCUCCAGCGCCCCUUUCGAGCUGAGAGUGAUCGGGCAGUGUAAGAUUUCUCGACCGGAGCCACGGAUGGUGCGUGAGCUAGAAGGAGCUUACGUGGGCGCGCCUGCGGGUUGGAAGGGCCAGCACGUUCUGGCGUUACUUGUCUCACAUGGCUCGUCCACUAAAGGGGUGCGGGAUGCUCUGCAGAGGAGUCGGUGGCCCUUGGCCUUGCUGCAGGUCACCGCUGAGGGCUGGCUGAAGCAGUUCUUGUGGAAUGCAGCUGCUGCAGAGGCGGGACUUGAAGGCUUGGGUGUGACGGCGCGACACAGCGGUGCUGAUGCUGAUGAGGGCCGGCAUACGAUUGCGCUGACGUGGAUGGGCGAGCCCGUGAGAUUAGCGGGUUGA